AUGGCCGCCUCUUCCUCGCUGUCCCCGACGGCCGCUUUCCUCCCUCUACCCAGCCGUGCAUCCCACUCUACCAAGCCGAAACCCCUCUUCGUCUCUCUCCACUGUGCACACGCUGCCGUCUCCCUGCGCUUCCUCGCCCCUUCUCCGUUCCGCGUCCCCGUGGCCGCCGCGGAGCCGGAUACAACGGAGGCGGAGGAGAAAUCUGGCGUUGCUGCCCCUUCUUCCCUCGAUAUUGAGGCGGAUGCUGAUAGGAUACCAAAGCAGAAGAUAAGAAUCAAGCUGAGGUCCUACUGGGUGCCACUAAUCGAGGACUCGUGCAAGCAGAUCCUGGAAGCUGCUCGGACGAUGAAUGCGAAGACGAUGGGUCCUGUUCCCCUUCCUACAAAGAGAAGAGUCUAUUGUGUCCUCAAGUCACCGCACGUUCACAAGGACUCUCGCUUCCAUUUUGAGAUCCGGACUCACCAACAACUAAUCGAUAUCUUAUAUCCGACAGCCCAAACGAUCGACUCACUGAUGCAGCUUGAUCUUCCAGCAGGUGUAGAUGUGGAGGUCAAGCUCUGA